AUGGCAUCCAAACCUGACAAGAUCAAUAUUCAUGGCGACGAACGGGUUGAAUGGCAUAGUGCCAGCUUGAAUGGGCGCAGAUAUGCAUACCUGUACGGCGAACCCUCAUCUGGUAAAUGGAAAGCUACCGUCUUCUUGAUCCACGGCUUUCCAGACCUCGCGGUAGGAUGGCGAUAUCAAAUCCCCGUUCUGCUUGAGCUUGGAUUUAGAAUUGUUGCUCCAGAUCAACUGGGCUACGGACGGACUGAAGCCCCAAAUGACCUGGAAGAUUACGCUUUCAAGAAGAUGGCAUCCGACUUUGCGCAGCUUGUCCGAAAACUUGGGGAAUCUCAGAUUGUCCUUUGUGGUCAUGACUGGGGCGCUGGAUUGUGUUACGCCAUCUACCACCACCAGCGAGCAUUAAUCUCACACAUUAUCACGGCGUGUGCCCCCUACAGUCCGCCACGGGCAACCUACCUUUCCCUAGAUGAUAUUGUAGCCAAUUAUCUGCCUAAUUUUGCAUAUCAACUGCAAUUUCGAUCUGGGGAAAUCGAGAAAAUCGUCCGUACCAGCGGCGAUAUUCGGCAGUUCCUGCUUAGCUUGUACGGUGGGAGAACACCGAAGGGAGAAGACGGCUGGGAGGCGACAAAGGGCGUUAUUCUUGAUAGACUUCAUAGUCUCGGUCAAUCUCCUCUCCUGAAUGGCGAGGAUCUCGAAUUCUAUGUCAAAGAGUACUCUCGCAAUGGGAUCCAUUCCCCUUUGAACUGGUACCGGCUUACUGAAAUUAACUUUAAUGAUGCAAAGCCAUACGCCUCAACACCAACAAUCGAUGUGCCGAUGCUUUUCAUCCAAGCUCUGAAGGACUCGGCACUGCCGCCUAGCAUGAGCAAGUCUAUGGGUCAGUGGAUUCCUGAUCUGACUAUCAAGCAGCUGAAUACGUCACAUUGGGCGCUGACGGAGGAUCCUCGAGGGGUGAAUGAGAGCAUUGGCUCCUGGCUGGAGGGUCAAUUUGCUAAAAAAGGAAGUAGCUUGUAG